CGCUGGGGGCGGAGGAGGAGAGUUAGUCCGAGUGGAGCGAGCGAGCUGAGCGGUUCGUGUCUGCGUCUCGGAAACCGGUAGCGCUUGCAGCAUGGCUGACCAACUGACUGAAGAGCAGAUUGCAGAAUUCAAAGAAGCUUUUUCACUAUUUGACAAGGAUGGGGAUGGGACUAUAACAACAAAGGAGUUGGGAACUGUCAUGAGGUCUCUUGGGCAGAACCCCACCGAAGCGGAGUUACAGGACAUGAUUAAUGAAGUAGAUGCUGACGGCAAUGGUACAAUUGACUUCCCUGAAUUUCUGACAAUGAUGGCAAGAAAAAUGAAAGACACAGACAGUGAGGAAGAAAUUAGAGAAGCAUUCCGUGUAUUUGAUAAGGAGAGUUUGUACAAAUGAUGACAGCAAAGUGAAGACAUUGUACAGAAUGUGUUAAAUUUCUUGUACAAAAUUGUUUAUUUGCCUUUUCUUUGUUUGUAACUUAUCUGUAAAAGGUUUCCCCCUACUGUCAAAAAAAUAUGCAUGUAUAGUAAUUAGGACUUCAUUCCUCCAUGUUUUCUUCCCUUAUCUUACUGUCAUUGUCCUGAAACCUUAUUUUAGAAAAUUGAUCAAGUAACAUGUUGCAUGUGGCUUACUCUGGAUAUAUCUAAGCCCUUCUGCACAUCUAUACUUAGAUGGAGUUGGUCAAAUGAGGGAACAUCUGGGUUAUGCCUUUUUUUAAGUAGUUUUCUUAGGAGUUGUCAGCAUGUUGUUGUUGAAGUGUGGAGUUGUGACUCUGCGUGGGCUAUGGACAGUCAACAAUAUGUACUUAAAAGUUGCACUAUUGCAAAACGGGUGUAUUAUCCAGGUACUCGUACACUUUUUUUGUACUGCUGGUCUUGUACCAGAAACAUUUUCUUUUAUUGUUACUUGCUUUUUAAACUUUGUUUAGCCACUUAAAAAAAAUCUGCUUAUGGCACAAUUUGCCUCAAAUCCAUUCCAAGUUGUAUAUUUGUUUUCCAAUAAAAAAAUUACAAUUUACCCAA